CAAAUAUCUUUCUAUUUCCACAAAUUUUCCUUCAUAGAAAAUAUCCAAUGUAGUUUUCAUUAUCAGCCAUCAAGAUAUUAUUAUAUAUGGAUCACAGUUGAAGAGAGUCGCAUGCCGCUCAGUCAUCUAAUGGAGCUUCAAACCUUUCGCCCUCCCUCUUUUGCAGGAACUAUGGUGUUUUUGGUUCGAAACCAAGUGCAACAAUGGAAGAAUCAUUGUAGAUUUAGUGCAAAUACCAUGCUUUCGGAGCAUAGGUUCUAUAAGCAUUUAUUAUCAGGGAGGAAAUGCGUCUCGAAAAAUACCAAAACUUCGGUCUCUUGUUCUUAUAGCACAGAGCAGAAUGAUACUUUGCCAUCCAUAAAUCAGCUGAGUGAUGCGAGAGUGAUUUAUGCUGUGGCUGCUGCCCUGGGUCAUAACAAGGAGUCACAUCCAGAAUCCAGUGCUAGAGUGCCUGCAAUUGUGAAAGCUCUAGAGAAGAUGGAGCUUACCCCAAAGUUUCGUGGCUCAGACAUCCUUGAACUUCAAAAUUUCAAUCUUGCUUCAGUUGAUGACAUUGCCAGUGUUCAUGCAAAGGCUUAUGUGUCUGGCCUUGAAAAGGCUAUGGAUCAGGCUUCUGAGAAGGGCCUUAUUUUAAUUGAAGGUUCUGGACCAACAUACGCUACUUCCACAACAUUCCAUGAGUCGCUAGUUGCAGCUGGAGCAGGACUUGCCUUAGUUGAUUCAGUGGUUGCAGCAUCAAAGAACCAACUGGAUCCACCUACUGCUUUUGCUUUGAUAAGACCUCCAGGACAUCAUGCUAUUCCAAAAGGUCCAAUGGGGUUCUGUGUAUUUGGCAAUGUGGCUAUUGCAGCUCGUCAUGCUCAGCGUGUACAUGGAUUGAAGCGGGUCUUUAUUAUUGAUUUUGAUGUUCACCAUGGUAACGGAACCAAUGACGCCUUCUUGGAUGAUCCAGAUAUAUUCUUUCUUUCAACCCAUCAGGAUGGAAGCUACCCUGGCACUGGAAAAUUUGAUGAGAUAGGUAUAGGAGCUGGUGAAGGAGCAACACUUAAUCUACCACUACCUGGAGGCUCAGGCGAUACUGCAAUGAGAGCAGUUUUUGAUGAAGUCAUCGUGCCCUGCGCUCAAAGGUUCAAACCAGAUAUAAUCCUUGUCUCUGCUGGGUAUGAUGGUCAUGUAUUGGAUCCACUAGCCAGUUUACAGUUUACAACAGGAACGUACUACAUGCUUGCAUCUAAUAUCAAACAGCUUGCCAAAGAUUUAUGUGGUGGUCGCUGUGUAUUUUUCCUGGAAGGAGGAUACAACCUCGAUUCACUUUCGUAUUCAGUGGCAGACUCAUUCCGAGCAUUUCUUGGUGAGCCAAGUUUGGCAGCUGAGUUUGAUGACCCUGCAAUAUUGUAUGAAGAACCAUCAACCAGGGUGAAGCAAGCGAUUCAGAGAGUAAAGCACAUACAUUCACUGUGAAUGUGCAGAUAUCUAAAUCUUAAAAAGUAUAUACAUGGAGAUUAAAGUUCAUAUUGUUAUUAACUGUGAAUGGCAGUUAUAACUAUACUAACUCUAUACUAGAAAGCUGAAAUGCAAAAUGUUAAAGCUUUUUCUACAAA